UCACACUGUAAUCACGGUCAAGAUCAACCUACCAAGUUCUUACCAAAAUGUCCAAGUUUAGUCACUGACCAUGCAACAGGCAUCAGACAAGAAACAUUAUAAACGUGACGUCAUGUGGCCAGUAGAUAGUGUGACAUCAUGCAAGGCGACCUUAGCUUUAUUACGUCUCAACACAUGCAACCACGCAGCCAACCGAAGUGGACGCAUCAAUGUUAUUCAUAUCAUAAGUUUUUUUAUAAAACAAGUGUACUUAUUGCAGUGAAGUGAAGUUUUAGUGAUUUUCAGUGUCGAGUGUGGUUAAAAAAGAUAUGGCGAAGCUCCCCUCCCUCUCCGCCGGGCGCGGGGUGAGCGUGGUGCUCCCCGGCCCCGAGCACUCCUUCACCCUGGCCGAGGAGGCGCUGGCCGAGCUGCUGCUGCGAGACGACGUGAGGGACCGCCCCGUGGUGGUGAUCUCCGUGGCCGGAGCCUUCAGGAAGGGGAAGAGCUUCUUGUUGGACUUCUUCUUGCGGUAUCUGCAUCAUACGUACACAUUAGGAAAGUCCGGCGGCGACUGGCUAGGGUCGGAAGACGACCCCCUGCAGGGGUUCGCGUGGCGCGGCGGGUCCGAGCGCGAGACCACGGGCCUGCUGCUGUGGUCGCAGCCGUUCAAGGCCACUCUGCCUAGUGGGGAGAAGGUGGUGAUCCUGCUGAUGGACACUCAAGGCACGUUCGACAGCGAGUCCACGGUGCGCGACAACGCGACGGUGUUCGCGCUCAGCACCAUGCUGUCCUCCACGCAGAUCUACAACCUGUCGCAGAACCUGGAGGAAGAUGACUUGCAGCAUUUACAGUUGUUCACAGACUACGGGCGGCUAGCGGCCGACAGCUCAAAGGGCGGGAAGCCCUUCCAGAAGCUGCAGUUCCUGAUCCGGGACUGGAGCUACCCCUACGAGUACCCGUAUGGAGCCGAUGGCGGGGAGAAACUGCUGAAGAAGAGGCUUGAGGUGCACUCCGGGCAGCACGAGCAGCUGCAGGCGCUGCGGGAGCACAUCGCGUCGUGCUUCGAGGAGCUGAGCUGCUUCCUGCUGCCGCACCCCGGCAUGAGGGUCGCCACCGACCCGGAGUUCACUGGAAAACUUAGUGACAUAGACACCGAUUUCAAGAGCCACCUCCGCCAGCUGGUCCCGCUCCUCCUGUCUCCUGCCAGCCUGGUGCCCAAGCGCAUCGAGGGCGAGCGCGUGCUGGCCAAGAACCUGCUGCUGUACUUCAAGCCAUUCAUAAUGCCUUAUAUUUCUCCCAACCUCAUCACCUUCCUUCCAGACAUAGACACUGACUUCAAGAGCCACCUCCGCCAGCUGGUCCCGCUCCUGCUAUCUCCUGGCAGCCUGGUGCCCAAGCGGAUCGAAGGCGAGCGCGUGCUGGCCAAGAACCUGCUGCUGUACUUUAAGGCAUACAUGAACGUGUUUAAUGGGAGCGAACUGCCGGAACCUAAGUCUAUUUUGGCGGCAACAGCUGAAGCGAAUAACUUGUCGGCAGUGGCGGCGGCUAAAGAUGUGUACGACAGUCUCAUGGACGAAAAGUGUGGAGGCUCAUACCUGGAGCCGAGCCGCGUGCGACAGGAGCACGCGCGCGCGCUGGACAAGGCGCUGCACCGCUUCCACAGCUCGCGCAAGAUGGGCGGCGACGAGCUGUCACUGACCUACUGUCAGCAGCUGACCAAGGAACUAGAAGACCAACUAGCCACCUACCUCGAGCGCAACGAAGCGAAAAACAUCUUCAAAUUCAUCGGCACGCCGGCAGUGCUCGGCUGCCUGGUGGUGCUGGGCUACCUGGUGUCGCUACUCGGGUCCACACUCGGGGUCCAGACCCUGGUUUCGACGGGCGCCGCGGCGGCGGUGGCGGCCCUAGUGCUGCUGCUCGUCUGGGUUUACGCCAGAACAACAGGCAGCAUGCGGGAGCUCAGCGUGCAGCUGGAUGAGUUCGCCAACUCCGUGAGGGAACUGGCAAUUCACCAAGUGUGGAAUUUGUACGGACAGAACGCGGUCGCCUCGAGUAUGGGCCUCAACACGGACUCAAAUAAAAGCAAAUAAGUAUAAACCUAUGUAUGUACUAAAUGUGGAAUUUAAUUAGUAGGUAUACUUCUACUGAUAAAAUUUUACCCUGUACCUAUAUGAGGUUUCAUGUUUCUUUGUGAUUGAAUGGUGCUAAGAAUGAAGUGUGUUUGUUGUUAUUUUUAAAAUAAUAUAUUUUUGCCUAACUUAUUUUUAGAAAAUAAGAUAGUGUUCGCUAGAUAUUUUAAAAUAUUAAUCACGUAAGUGUACAUAAUUAUGUAUAAAACAUAUUUUUUAAUUCUAUACUGAACUGAAACACUAAUGACCAUUUUUUAAAUAAAUAACGAAAAGUUGUUAACUAUUUCUUUUUCUUCCAAUCCGGUAUGGUCCAACCUAAUCCUUAAAAAAAUAAUCCAGAUACCACUUACUACCUACUCAAAGCUUAAAGUCUUAACUUUGAAUUUUUACAGAAUGAAAUCAAACCAAAUCGAUAUAAAAAUAAGACCUUUAUUAUUACAUCGUAUUACAAUUAUCAAUUAUAUCCUAAAACCAAAACCAAUGUACAAAACGACACAGUAAGAUAUAAUAAAAUAAUGCUAUGCGGCUGCUCGUAACAAAAAUAUGUAGGUCUCAGGCCAUCCAUAUCUUCUUAAUAAAAAAAUGGUUUAGUUUAUAACCCAAGACCUUAGGACGUAAUUUAAAGGACCAACUCGUUACAUUUUAAACCUUCCCCAAACAUUAGUCCGACCUGGGAGUUCGAAAAUAGCAGACUUAUGGCACUAAACUGAUAACGCAAGUUAAAACAAUCCUCUUUAUAAACAUUGAUAAUAAUAAUAUGAGCAGAAGGGAAAGGAGUGGCCUAUGCGUGCGAGCGAGACAACUAUACGUCCCCACCGCCGUCGUCAGAGUGAGCGUACCAUAGAC